AUGGCUUCUCCAUUUCCUUUCAGACAUGGGGUCAAGGGCGGAGAAUUCCCGUAUUGCAUACCAAUUUCAGCAGACGUCACCCCGCCGGGCACAGCAGAAGGAGAUAUUGUUCCGGCUGGCAGCUCAGCUUCUUCUUCGGGCUUGCCAGCUAGGGUGCAUUUGCCGGAUGGCCUUUCUCGAGCAGACAAAUUGCUAGCAAACAUACUCAGUGCAGCACGGUCGGGGAACUUGCAGUUGGUGGAGCAUCAGUGCAAUGCAGUGAGGGACAUGCUCAAAGUUCCGGAACUCAGAAUUUCCCGCGGCCAGACGCACAGAAGCAUGACUGACGCUGUUGACACUGACGAGUCCCUCCCUAGACUCAGACUCAGACCUGGCGGGUUGAUGUACCGCCCCCACGUGAUGCUUCAUGCAGUUCUGGCGUGCGACCACGUGACAGACCCUGCAAAGUUGCUGGAGGUGAUGACAUGGUCCAUCCGUAUGGCUUUGGAUCCAGACCUCGCGGAUCACUUACUUCGGCAGGGAAUCCGCGCCCCUUCCAGAUGGGCUUUAAGCCGAGGCCGUUUGGAAUUCGAUUUUGCAAGCAUGGUGUUUGCGCGCAAGUUUCUGUUCCAUCCAGAUCUUCAGUGGUUCAUCCAUCUCAGGGCGGAUGCUUCGCCGAAAGGCGGCAGAGAUUUUUUGGUGUCGGAGGUUGACUACUGUCAUCUGCCAGCCCAGAGCCCCCAGCACAUCAGCCGCCUCCUGGAGAAUGGUCGCAUCCAGAUUCGAUUGCUGCCUCUGACAACAGUUGGUGCAAAAGCGGCAUCCGCCGUGCAUAAAGGCUUGCUGCUACUGAAGGCCCUUGGAAUGGAGUCGGCUGAUCUUCGCUUGAGCAUCAGUCGUACGAUGACGAUGCUCUUUGACUUCGGUGCGGAGUCAGGAAUAUGGAAGCUGUCGUCUAGCAUCUUCAAACCAUCUGUGGAUGGACAGGGGCCGGCGCAGCCGCAGAUGAGUGCGACGGCUGUAGAACAGCCGCUGGAGCGGCUGUUCCAUCGCGCGUUGCCGCUGGCCGAUUGCGAUCAUGCGUUACACCACGUCAUGAAGGAAAUUGCGCCGGCAUUCGAUAGACGGUGGAGUGGUUUCAAAGAUACGGAGUACAAGCCUCAGCUGGCGAAAUUGUUCCAGAUAGUUUGCCCGAAAUUCGUCGACAGCCGCUGGCAUUAUCUUUACGACACCUUGGCAUGGGUGGUGCCUCGGCAGGGAGCACUGAAGUAUCUGCGCCUCGACGAGCUGGAGUCACACAGUCGUGAUGCCGAAGCCGGCGACACAGACUUCCAGCUAUCGUCAUCGCAGCUGGAGCUUUUGGCAAGCCUUUGUGGUGACCCAAACAUCGAGCAGGCUCGCUUCUGGGCCAUGGCAGGCCUUGUCAGGUGUCUUGCAGAAUGGGGCCAUCGGUUUGCAUAUGUUCUGCACAAGUGUCCCUGCCACAGCAAGUGGACAUCCGGUGGUGAGCGCCGCAAAGAGACGUGUCCGAUGGAAGGUCGCAUGUGUGUGCCACUGGCUUCGGGGCUCUCGGAUGAUGCGCUGAGCCGGCUGAACAGCCUCAACAUCACUCCACAUGUGGCACAGGCUGUCUCGAAGUUGCAGGAGUUUUCUGAGACAGAGGCGAAUGAUUUGAUGAAUUGUUUCAGGACAGCGGUCGUGAGGCUGACAUUUCGCGUGAAGCAGGUUUUCAGCUACUGGAAGUGUCUUCCUUGGUCACUGCUCAUGAUCAUGAGGCCAUGGGUAGAGCGCUUUGAAUCUGACGAAGAAAAGGCAGACUGCCUGGCAGAAAGUCGACAAGCAAUUACGUUUCGUUUCAUGAACCCUGCCGGCCCUUUCCGUGAGCACCUUGUGUCGUGGGCCACUGGCGAAUCGGAAAUGCAUUUCGGUAUGUUCCAUGAGCUUAUGGGUUACUCGACAGGGUUGUGCGUGAUGCAGCGGGUGGAGGCACGCCAUUCGCUGGUCAAGCGGUUUCUAGCUUUCCGGUACAGGCAACUUCCUGCAAGUUUGUCUGCGACCCUGCGGCGGCAGCAGAACGGCGAUCUCCAGACAGACCUUUUCAGGCAAAACAUGGAGGCUUGCUUAUCUGACAUUGGCCAACUCUGCCAAGCACGAUACCGGAACAAGGCUGAGCUGCUCACCCGGCUGGGCCAGGAAAGCAAACACAGCGUUCAUGAUCCCUUGACUGAUCUCAGACAGCAGCAGGCUACCUUCAACGAGGCGUUGGCAAGCGUUUGCUCGAGUCCGUCCGGUGAUCUAGAGGCAACGGCUGUGCUUCGAGAGCAUCUACGCACCGCGUUCGAGCGACACAGAGUGUAUGCUCUCCGCGGCUGCAUCGAGCCCGAUAAAUGGAGUAUCUUCCGUGUGGUGCACAUGCAAGCGGGUUUGCUGUGGGCCGGUAGCAGGGUGCGACAGGUGCUCACCGAAAAGGAUUGGAAGAACUGCUUUGCUGUGGAGCUCAUGAAUGAGCCGACUGACGGCGACGAGCCGCCAAGCAUCAUGCACGCGCUGGCGGUUGCAUCUGUGGACAGUGGCCAGCAUGCAGCAGCACUUCAUUGGAUGGAACAGAAUGGCAUGUUGACCGACGAUGGACAGCAUGUAGCCGAUGCUUUCGUUUCUAUUCAGACAGAAGUGCGUCAGCCAGUCCUGGUGGGCCCGUGCCGUUCCCGCUUCUCCAUAUGCCACAAGCUGAAAGAAGCUGGGUGGAAGGAGGCUGUGGAUAGCAAGACGGAGCGUUUGCGUGCGUCGCUCCCGGACAAAGUCUUCAAUCCAACAGCACCGUUGGAGUAUUUUCUUUUGCUGGACUCCUGCUUCCCACAGCUGCUGCGGUACGAUGAAGCUUUCCAGCUGCGCCAUGCUCAGCCGAAGGCGUACUUUGAAGCACUUCUUGCGUACUUUGAGAAGCAUGACCAGGACUGUGAGCUGCAAUAUGUGGCUCCCGGCCAGAAGGCGGAUUUCUGGAAGCAGUUGCGCGAUUAUUUCAAAGGAGAUGCAGCCACCGACCCGCGUGUCGCUUUGGAUCUACUGGCGCCUAAGAGGCGACAGAGGAGAACAAGGUCAGCCCCUGCAGCGGCAGCAGGACGGGAUGAGGACGAGGGUGACGGCGACGGCGGCGGUGAGGACCGGGUUGCUCCAGAAGCUGCGCAACCCCCAGCUCCUGCUCCAGCAGUCCCAGCAGCAGUGGAUCGUUUGGAUAUGUACGCCCAGCUGAACAGGGAGCUUCCCUUGCUGGGGGACCCUAGGCCAGGAUUUGAGAUGGAGCAGGGGCAUGCAGACGACGAUGCAGAGCAGGUCGAGCCACCAGCGCCACCAAACAUGGGGCAAGAACCGGACCUUGAUGACCGUGCUGUCGCGCUUGGCCGUCUUUGGUCUGCAAAUUGUGAACGUGCCGUCGAUGCUUGCAUAAGCGUGGCCCGCACGUACCACAGAACGGACACUGCAUCUCGCGUAGCGGCAAUUCGCACGUUGCUGAAGCAGUUGGGUGAAGUCAUGACGAAUGUUCGGUUUUCAAACGCAGACCCUGCAAAGCAAAUCAAUGAGGAGCUGAGCAUGUGGUCGGAGUUCUCAGGGUACCGCACGGCGGAGCUGGCAGCUAGGUCGCUGGCCAACCAUCUUGGGGGCAGUGCUUCCACGGGUCGUGGCAAGAUUGACAUUGGGCAUUUGUCCUCAGCCGAUAUCUCAAAAUCCUGCGAGAAGAUCAUGCAAGCUUCAGCUGCUGCCGAAUGCCGUUUCGGGAAUAUCGAAAACGUCGUUCCAACUGAUGUUUUAGCUGAGAUGAAAGCCCCCGUUCAUGAGUAUAUUGAGAUAACGGCUUCGGAAGUCCAGAAAGCGUUGGGCCAGGGCAAGGAGAUGCAAGAUUUGUUCAAGGGCCAAGUGUUGCGAAAACGUUUGGGAGCAGCUGAGAAAGGCCAUCGUUUGGUAAGCAUUGCGUACCCGGACUGGAAAGGUGUGCUCAAACUGCCAGCAGACCAGCAGCAUCAGAGAUUCGAAGCGGCAGUGAGUGCUAUGAAGGCUAUGAAGCACAAGGAGAUGUUCCUGUGGGAGCGCAGGAAGAACUUCGAGGAGCUAAUCGGCAUUCUGAUGCGGGAUGACGUGAAGCUAGAGGAGUUCGACCAUUGCGACGGCUAUCAGGUGGAUUGGCAAAUCCUGGACCCCCGUGAAGUCGGUGGCUGGGAGUUGGCAGCUUUGCAUGGGAUGCCAGCCACAUGCGAGCUGGCCAAUGCAUUGAAACUAGAGUCUCCGAUGAAGGUCGGCAACAGCAUGCACAUGGCGUGUAUUGCUCUGGCUUUGGUGGCGGCUGUCAUGCUCACGAUGCCGGUGUGCUGUGGUGUAGGGAUGUCUGCAAGCUUGUCGGGUGAGUCCGGGUCAAGCUCGAGCCACGGCGACGAGAGCGAGGUAUCCGAUCCGGACUCCGAUACGUUCGACCCCAAGAUCCAAUCGUCGCACCCCGCCGAGUUCAAAGGGUGCUUGCAUUGCUCGGAAGAGGUCGACAUCACGACGGCAUGCAUGCGUGGCAACAAGUAUUCAUGCAAAAAAUGCAACAGUGCGCGGAUCGCAUUGCAGAACCAUCAUCGUGAGACGGGCCAGUGGAAAAAAUGGUCAGCUAUGCCCAAGGUGGAGAAAGAUAACCUCAUUGCUAACAACAAGCACAGGAGUUUGGGGAAGGGGAAGAAGUUUCCCGUCCAGUGCGAAGAGAAGGCGACUGUGGAAGACAGUGCUGCGCUCAGCAAAACGAGGAAGUUCGUAAACUUCAGGGAGUACCGUCACGAAUGCAAGAAGCGCUGGGGCAUGAAGAAGUCAGAGUGCAAAGAGCGUUGGUUGAGCAUGUUGGGCGACAAGUCCAUCGCAAGAGUGAAGGACCGGUUUGCUUGA